AUGAAUCCUACCAUGCAGGAUUCAAGUGAAGAGAGUGAAUCCGCCGAGACUACCACUGCAGCUGCAACAACGGCUGCUGCUACAACGGUUGCUGCAACAACGGCUGAUGCAACUACGGCUGCUGCAACAACGGUUGCUGCUACAACGGUUGCUGCAACAACGGCUGAUGCAACUACGGCUGCUGCAACAACGGUUGCUGCUACAACGGUUGCUGCAACAACGGCUGAUGCAACUACGGCUGCUGCAACAACGGUUGCUGCAACAACGGCUGAUGCAACAACGGCUGAUGCAACUACGGCUGCUGCUACAACUGUUGCUGCAACUACGGUUGCUGCAACUACGGUUGCUGCAACAACGGCUGAUGCAACUACGGCUGCUGCAACAACGGUUGCUGCAACAACGGCUGAUGCAACAACGGCUGAUGCAACUACGGCUGCUGCUACAACGGUUGCUGCAACUACGGCUGCUGCAACAACAGCAGUUCCAUGCGCGUGCGCCGUCUAAACAACGAUCUGUAUUAAUCCUGUAUUUAUUUGGGCAACUGUGAUAUCAUAUUCGGUCAGCGAGAUGCUUCUAUUGUUGUUCCCCAUUAAAUUAUUAUGUCUUGUUUUGCUUGAUACACGAUGACGAAAUGAUAUAUCAAAACGCUUGAAAUGCAUGAUGUACAUUCAAUUACAAUUUUUGUUAAAGGGAUACGUUUCGCCUGCUCACUAUAUUCUAUGUAGGCCAAUGCUCCCCUAAAAUAAAAAAGAAGCCUUUUUUAGAAAGACAUUAAUUUGGAUCAUUAAAUCCCAGAGUAGCAAUGUAUUUUGGAUAUUUUUUAAUUUUGUUAUCAAU